AAAAAAAAAAAAGCAAAACACCUAAGGACCCAAUAGCAUGUGAAAAAAAAAAAAAGUUAUUUAGGCAUUUGAAAAAAAUCAACUCUAAAACAUAAUGAUUUAAAGAACCUGCUAUCCACAGAACUCAAUGACUGCAAUUCUGAUAGCAGGUACGUAAGUGUGUGACAAUAGCAAAAGGAAGGUAAUUGAAACAUCACGGUAUUACUGCACUCACAUCAGAAAAAAAAAGCCAAAGGAAAGUUAUAUUUAGUUUCCUAACUACAAACACAAGGAGAAAAUAUUUGAGGCUAUAGAGAGCCUGUUAUACUCUCAACAGAGCUAAGCUAAGAACAAAAGAAAAUGUUAUCAGUGACAUUGCUAUUACAGCAUGUUCUGUGCAAUCAAACUUAAAAAAAAAAAAGACCGCAACAGACCCUAAAGAAUCAUCUAUAUCCCCACCCCACCUUAUUAACAAUUUAACAGUUUCAGCUUGCCCCUGUUGUUUUUUUUUUCUCCUUCCCCCCCCCCCCCCUUCAGUAGCCAAACACAUUGAUUGAUUGGAGUGAUUCUCAAGCAAGCCAAUCAAAGGGGGCAGAGGCAUUGCACACAGGCAUAAAAACCUUCCAUCCACAGGUAAAGCUCCUUCUGGUAAGGGUUCUUUCUGAAAUGGCAGCUAGUUGUGAGUCAGUCCAAGAAUGAACAAAUGUAAGAAGCCCUACUUUGAACAGACUGCAGAUCUUGAAAAAUUCAGUCCUGAAAUUCUUUCUGAAGUUGAGAAGCUCUUUGCCAAGAAGUUUUCUUAUACCAAACCAGCAAAUAAGGAAUGGCAGCUACCAGAUCCCAGUGAUGCCUUGACGUGUGAUCAUAAAGAAUUCAACUCACUCCUUGCUCUAAAGUACUCGAUGAAUGAAGUGAAGAAUCAGCUGAGUGAUAAGAACCUUGAGGAGUGGCAUCAGCACACCUCACUUACCAAUAAAGCAGGGAAAAUAAUUUCUCAUGUGAAGAAGUCUGUGAAUGCUGAGCUGUGUACCCAGGCCUGGUGCAAGUUUCAUGAGAUCCUGUGCAGUUUUCCACUUCUCCCUCCAGAAGCUCUUCAAGAGGGAGAACUGAAUUCAGUUCACCUCUGUGAAGCACCCGGAGCGUUUAUAGCCAGCCUCAAUCACUACUUGAAGUCCCACCAUAUCCAUUGUGACUGGAACUGGGUGGCUAACACUCUAAACCCAUAUCAUGAAGCAAAUGACACCCUCAUGAUGAUUAUGGACGACCGUCUUAUAGCAAAUACGUUGCCCUGGUGGCACUUUGGCCCAGAUAACACCGGUGAUGUGAUGACCUUGAAACAUCUGACAGGACUUCAGAACUUUGUGAGUAAUAUGAGCACAGUUCACUUGGUAACUGCUGAUGGCAGCUUUGAUUGCCAAGGAAAUCCAGGUGAACAGGAAGCUCUUGUCUCACCCCUCCUUUACUGCGAGGCAGUCACUGCUCUAAUGAUCCUGGGCGCUGGAGGAUCCUUUGUUUUGAAGAUGUUCACCCUCUUUGAGCACUGUUCUACCAAUCUGCUCUUUCUGCUAAACUGCUGUUUUGAGGAGGUCCACGUCUUUAAGCCAGCCACCAGCAAAGCUGGGAACUCAGAGGCCUAUGUGGUUUGCCUCCGUUAUAUGGGCAGAGAGAGCAUUCACCUGCUGCUUUCUAAGAUGAUACAGAACUUUGGAACAGAAAUGGUCAACAAAGCUCUUUUUCCCCAGCAUGUGAUACCAGAAUCUUUUCUUAAAGUACAUGAAGAAUGUUGCACGUUCUUCCACAAGUACCAGGUAGAGACUAUCUGUGAGAACAUCCAGCUCUUUGAGCGCAUGGAAGAAGCAGAGCAGACAAAACUGGACAAGUUAAGAGAUUGUGCAGUGGAGUUCUUCAUGCAGAGAUUUCACAUGAAACCCAUUACCAGAAAUAACUGGCUUGUCAAGAAAUCUCAGACUGGUUGCAGCAUGAAUGCGAAAUGGUUUGGGCAAAGGAACAAAUAUUUUAGUACAUACAACGAAAGGAAGAUGCUGGAAACCCUCACGUGGGAUGAUAAAGUUGCGAAGGGCUAUUUUAAUAAGUGGGCUGAGGAACAUAACUUAAACAACGCUGGUAAAAUGUGCAUCUUGGAAGGAUUGUCUGGUACCGUUAACUGUAACCUGUGGUUCGUUUUGGAAGGAAAGAGGCUACCAGUGGUUAAGUGUUCUCCAUUUUGUGAUGGUAAAGUCUUGGAAAAUCUUAAUGAAGCCAUGAAUGAAUUGGUGGUGGGGAGGCUGAAAAGCAGACCGGUGCUGCAGCCGUGUCACUCCUGCGAGGUUCUUCCUGGGGAGCUGGUACUGGCCGAAGUGUCCGACCUUUCCAGGUCUUAUCAGGAGGCGCUAGAUGAGAGGCGUGGGGACCAAUUCAAGUGCCUUGUGGUGGACUUCCCAUCCCUAUGUGAUACCGAAAACCGAACGCGUAUGGAAGUAAAGCUCCUAGAUUCGGCCACACUGCCGACUUUCAGCUUCUCUUUGCUUUAUGAUGGAGCACCAGAAUACCAGCAGCGGCUUUUGGAGUGUGUUCUGCGUUCGUUGAACCAGCUUACAGCGGGAGAUGCCUUGAUUCUGCCCAUCCUUUCCAGUUUUACACGUUUCACAGCUGGCCUGGUCUUCGUACUGCAUUGCUGUUUCAGAUGCAUCACGUUCGCUUGUCCCAUGUCCCUUGAGCCGCUGAGGACCGGCGCUGCUUUGCUGUGUGUUGGUUACCGCGGCAUCCCCAGUCAUGUUGCUGAGUACCUGCAGCAGCUGCAUAAGCUGAUGAGCUCCUUACUGGACUCGGACUCUCCCCAGCAAGUUUUGCAGUUUGUGCCGAUGGAGUCCCUCCUCCAGGGCAAGCUGUUGGAGUUCUUAUGGGAUUUGAACACAGCCAUUGCAAAGAGACAGCUCCACUUGAUUGUGCAAGCCAAGCAGCAGCAAAUGACUAGCGAUAGUUCACUAAAAUAAUUGUAGAAUUGAGCAGGUUGCUGCAAGACCUCAUUUCCCAGGCAGGUAGAAGUUAAAAACAUUGUUAAUAUGAAGGUAACGUCACCGUAAGACUUUGGCAGGGCAUUGUUAGAGCUGGGAGGAGGUUUUGUGCUGCCAAUCCCACUUGCACCAUACUGCCUGUCCUGCGGGAACACGAGGCUUAAUCUCAGGUGUGGGGGACUUGGGUGGGACAGGGGCUGAAGUGAGAAACUUACUUCUACCACAGCUCCCUUCGGUGUUCCUAGCUGGCCGUAGCCUUUGUGAGGAGGGCUGGGGUGGUGCUUUACCUCUUGCUUCUGGCCAGGCCCUGCUGGACCCAGUUGGCUGACAUUAUUCCUCUUCAGUUGGACAAAACGUGCGAGUUCUGCCCCCAGGGUUUGAAGAAGUUGAUGCUCGGGCCACGUGCAGGCCUGAUGCGCGUCUGGAGGGCUCAGUGUCUCAUGAGCAGGCGGCUGGCUCACAAAGAUUGGGUUAAAAACAGCUGCCUUUGAGGUGUCCAGGGGAAGAUGCUCCUUGAUUUUAAUUUUGUGCAUGCCAAGAGCAUGCUGUAUGGCUUCUGACAGGGGAUUGUAUGGCCUUGUCUCCCUGCCCCAUCAAUGAAUGGGCUGUUAUCAUUUUAUUUUUAAGUUUAUGGGCUCCUCCUUAAAAUAAUUUGAGACUCCUGAGUCAAAGUGAAGACUUGCAUCUGCCUGCAGCAGCUAUUAAUGAGGAACCGUAGAAGGUUUUCAGGCAAAAAGCAUGGUCGUGUGCAGCGUUGUGUGCCAAGAAAUGCUUUGGGGAGGGCUGGAGGAGUGUUAAGCCGAAGAAAUAUGUGAUACUUUCUCUGGGAAAGUAUGAUUAAGAUAUCAUUUGGUUUUCCUUAGGGAUAAAAAUGAUGAAAUUGCUAACUGACUGUUCCUUUAAGGGAGUCAAAUUUUAUUUUCCAUAUUGCUCACUUGAGAGCUAAAUUCUGAGACCUAACGUGUGCGUAUUAACGUUUGGCUUUGUUUGUAGUUUACGUGGAAAAAUCUGCUCGGAGGGAGGAAUGAAGCUGAAGGAGAAAAAUGAUUUGCUACUGAUAGUGCAGGAUCUUGUAGGAAAAGGUCGAAAGUAUGGAGUUAGAAGGAAAAUGGCCUUCUGAUUAAUUACCAGUCACCUUCUGGAAGCACUUCUAAUUAUGUGAUGUAGGAGUUUGAAGGAUAAUUGAUUACUGGCAAGGAUUAAAAGCACUGCUGAAAAACUGUUUUGUCUGGAGGCGCUGCACAUUUGUUAAGCUUUUUUUUUUGCCACAUUGGGGCAGAAUUUAAUGCGUUUAACAGUUCAUUUUUUAUUUAAGAAUUUGAUAGGCGAAUGAGCUGGUGGCUCAGGUCUGCCUAAUUGAUAACAUUUUCUAAAAAUCUUGCUUUUUUUUACAGCUGCAAAUAAAUAGAAUCAGAAGUCUUCCUAAUAAAGGCUGCUGGGAUUGGCCACUGUCCUUUUUCAUUUAUUUAAAUGAGCUUGCUCUUCUCGCUGUGAGCUGAGUCACGCUUCCUCCCUCUGACCAGGAAGGUAGGGGUGGAGGCUAACGCUGGGAGACGGUGCAGUAAGAGCUGCUCCUCUAAGCACCAAGUGCAAGCAGAUGAAUGGGUUUAAAAAAAAUACUGAAAACUGAAAAUAAGAAAGGAGGGAGAAACAUCCUAGAAGAAUGGAUGACGAGGCAGGAUCAAAGACCACCUGUAGAAGCCUUCUUUAUCAGAGUCAAAAAGCAGGAUAAAGGCAAUGUCCACCACAGACACCUCUCUGUCUCUGCCACGGUUUCAGAGGUGAUUUAUGGCUCAAAAUCCCCCUGAACUGAAGCAUUUGAGAAGACUUCUGUUGAAGCGAGGCAAAUGAGAUUUCAAGUGCAUGAGAAAAACACGUAUUUAUCUACUGGAUGAGACACUCAUGCUACCCAUGCCUCCAUGGCAGAAUGAUAAGUGUCUCAUCCAGUAGGUAUCUUUCUUUUUGGCUAACAUUAGUCUGACACUUUAAAGCUUUUUUUAACAGGUAAAAUAAAAUCUUGAGGUGACUGACACUGAGUGAACACGUUUUCAAACUUUCUUCUGCUUGUUUUGUACAUCUGACAAACUAUGCAGACGCCCUUGAGAUUCUUCCCAUCCCAUAUCGUUUUGCCUCCCUUUCUUCCUGAAGUUUUAGGACGAAGCAUUUGAGAUGGUCACAGAAGUUUGGGGGGAUUAGAACAAAGACCUUCAAGAUACAGACUGCUCUAGACUGAGCUGCUGGGGGAACUUAAUCCAUUUGCUUGGAGGUACCAAAAAGGUGUUCAAGCCCUACUUU